GUAGAUGAGCCUCAUAACUCUGGCCACACAGUAGGGGGCGCUAAUGCACGUAACUCUUGCCAUACAGUAGGGGGCGCUAAUGCUCUCCUUACCCUCGGUUGGAAAGAAGAAGAACAAUUUCCUCUAUCGGAAAAUACGUCACGGUCUGCACAAAGUUUUUUCCCGGGAGCGAGUCGGCGGCAUCGAAUUUUAGAAUAGGCGAUGGCGAAGAUAACAGAAAAGUUUUUAUUGGAGAGGGCGUCUCCCAAAACCAAAACACUGGAACAAAUCCAAACCUUGAAUCUCUCUCUGCUCGCGCUGCAAUGUAAGGACCUCCCUGUGAAGCUGCUGUCCCGGCUCCAGUCGCUGGAGUCGUGGGAUCUGUCUGGGAACCGUCUUGAGGAGCUGCCCAAAGGCCUGGCCCUGCCCAGCCUGCGCUCUCUCGACCUCUCGGAUAACGAGAUGGAGGACGUCACCACCCUGGACUCCCUCACUGGUCUGGAAGAACUCAAACUGGACGGCAACAUUUAUAUCACUGUGAACGACGAGUACAAGCUGAUGGUGCUCCUGCCCAAGCUAAAGACGUACAACGACAAGAACAUCGGCGGCCGGGCCGACCACAUCCGCCACACCAGCAGCAGCAUCCUCCACGACAGGGUGGUUGCCAUCUGGGCCACAAAGUUUGGCGUCCUGGAAACAAAUUCCCAGGAGAAAAUGGAGGACAUGGAGAGAGAUUUUGUGGCCACGGCUCAAUGUAGCAUCCAAUUCGGACCCAACUCCACCAGAGACUAUAUCCGAUGGAGGGUGGGGAUACUGGCCAAGGAAUACCUGCGCUCGCUGCUUCAGCGCACCGAGGAAGGGGACAAAAGCCAGGAGCCCAUAAUCACAAAGGAGAACAACGGGAUUGACUCCCCAGUCAAGAGGAAGCAAUCUCUGUUGCACCAAGAUCUCCAGCUGACCCCUCGCAAAAGAGCUAGAGGAGACGCCUGCAGCUCCCCCUCCAAGGACAGCCCUGGCGCCCUCCACCUUACCCGACAGAGAGCAGGCCCCGCUGGCGCCGUCAGGGCGAGCCCACGCAAGGCAGCAUCCGCCCAGCUCGCCGCCAGCCCCGCGGUCAAGACCCCCAGGAAGAUUCUGGUCGAGCAACCGCCGCCCAAGGAGGACGGCGGCCGGCCCAAACGCAGCGCAACCGGAGACCGGGGCCUACCCACAAGCACGGCUACCCCCGUGGACCGGGAGGGGUCCCCGAGGAAAAGGAGCUGCAUCAGACCUCAGCCGCCCCCGAGGGAAGAGGGGGAGAGGGUGCAGCUGAAGCCGCUCCACGUGCUCCAGUGCCAUAGUAAGCAGAACAGCCCCGAGGACUUCAGCACCGCGCUGUGGGCCUGCGCCUUCCAGCCUCUACCCCACGGCGGCGGAGACACCAGCUGUUUCACCGCAGGGGGUCGUCUGGUGGCUACGUGUGGAGGAGACUCGAUCUGUGUGAUCGACUGUGAGACUGGGCUGGUCAUGAAGAAGUACAAAGUCCCUGGCGAGGAGUUCUUCACCCUGGGCUGGUCCACGGUGCAGAUGUCCCGGGACAACGGCGCGCCGGCGCGGCCCUGCGCCGUCCUGGCGGCGGGGGGCAAGCGGGGCCUGGUGACCCUGACCCACCCCCAGUCCAACGUGGCGUACGGAGAGUUCCGGGCCAGCCGCAAGGCCCUGUCCACCCUGCGCUUCAGUCCCCGGCAGGGGAACCUCCUGUUCACUGGGGCAUAUGAUAACAAAAUCACGCUGUGGGACAUCGGUGGAGUCGACAGCCAGUACAAAUAUAAGGCCAGUCAGCUGAUGGUGCUGGAGUGCAGUAGCACCCCUCUCCACCUGUGCCUGCCCCCGGCGUCCCCCGACACCGCGCUGCUGGCCGCCACAGACAGCGGCCUGCACUGUUUCAACACCCAGCUCAGCCCAGGCUCCGGGAAGAGGGCCGCAGAGAUGGAGAUAACAUUCCCCAUAUAUAAGCAGGAGGACAAAGACCACAGCUACCGCACUAUCGACGGCUUAGGAUUCCUUACGAAUGACAUCGUGGCCUCCAAGUGCCACCUGCAGCCCUCCAUCUACCUGUGGAGCCUGGGCCAGACGCGGGGCCAGGCCAAGAGGCGCGGCAGCGUGGCGGCCGUGCUGCUGGCGGAGCUGCAGUGGGCCGCCACCAGCGUUCCCUACCUGUCCCUCAGCACCUGUCCAGAGGAGGGCUACCUGGUGUGCGGGGACGACCGGGGCCGGCUGUGGUCCUACAGUUUGCACAACCUCCUCCUGGAAAACAAUCAUCAGCGCCGAGAACUGGUCCCCCCCACUGAGGUGCUGGAGUGGCCGGCCCCAUUGAUGAGGAGCUCCAGCCCAGUGGAGGUGCCCUCCAUCAACAGUGUGGCCAUGGGACGGGGGCUCUCCUACCUGGUGGCGCUCAGUGAUAAGAACAUGGUAGUAGUGUGGAAAAGGGAGGACUCGUCCUGAAUAAGAAGAGGAAAACAAUUUGUGUUUUUAAAGGUUACUGAUCGCAUCUCAAUAUUGCAACGGGUCGAAGUGUGAUUCUAGAAUUUGUUGGUUAUGAAUAAUUUGUAUGAGGAAUGGCAAAAAUUACUUUGAUUAAUUAAUUUGGGGCUUGCAGAGUAACAAAUGUACAAAUGUAUUUGAAAGUGACUGAAAGGGGCUUUGUUUUGAGAAACAUGCAAUUGGAGGUAUUUGAUAUUUGCAUGCCAUUUGUUUUACUGCUUUUAAAGGUUGUCCAGUGUGUUUUUGUUGUUGGGUGUUCUUUACUCAUAUCAAGCUGAUGUCGAUGCAGCUUGACGUCAAUCGUGGGUCGACUUAUAUUCAAUUUAAGUGAUUUUCCAUUCGUCAAAAAGGGUUAAAUGGUCUUGAUGAAAAGUCAAUUAUUUUAAUGUUGCUGUGCGGCAUUUGAUUAAAUAGAACGUGAGGUAGACAUCUGAAACUUGUUUCUGGCAGAGUUGUUGGACCUUGCAUAGUUAAAUGCUGACUAAGAAAACUUUCUCAACGUUAUGGGGAAGCUGCAUUGAGGGUAAAAUAUUUUAAUAUAUUUGAUAUUAUUGCUAAAGUGAUUUACUAUUUGGGGCAAAACAAAUGUCAGACAUUUAAUAAUUACAAUUAAUAGUACAAAAAAAACUUUCCUUAUGUCAGUAAAAAGUACUAGUGGUACUGGAAACCCUU